UUAUAGAAAAUAGACGGUCUUUUCGCAAUAAGAAACCCUCUAGUAAAACGGCAGAAUGUAAGAGUGAUGUGGAAGGGGAUGGACGGUCCAAUGAGAGCGGCCCUUCCCUGGAUGGUGGAGCCAGCUAUGGCCAGGGCCCGGUGACUCACGGCUCGGCCAUCAGCCCCGACCGAUUUGACAGCCCGCUUUACAGCCACGGGGUCCAGCCCGGGCCUCAGAGGCCCCGUCGGCCCAAGCUUCAGCACUCACAGUCCAUCCUCCGUAAACAGGCUGAGGAGGAGGCCAUCAAGCGGUCGCGCUCGCUCUCUGAGAGCUAUGAGCUCUCUGCUGACCUCCAGGACAAACAGGUGGAGAUGCUGGAGCGUAAAUAUGGUGGACGAUUCAUAACUCGGCAUGCAGCCCGCACCAUCCAGACAGCCUUCCGCCAGUAUCAGAUGAACAAGAACUUUGAACGUCUCAGGAGCUCUAUGUCUGAGAACCGUAUGUCCAGACGCAUUGUUCUCUCCAACAUGCGGAUGCAGCUCUCGUUUGAGGGCCCCGAGAAAGUGCACAGCUCCUAUUUCGAAGGCAGGCAGGUGUCCAUGACGGAGGAUGGCACCCCGCUGUCCAUGGUGCAGUCUGAAUGUGGAGAUAUAGAGGUUCACCAACAGGCCAACAUGGCAUCUCACCCACCUCCACAGAGUGACCUGACGGAUGCCAUCACGGAGCUGGAGGACGCCUUUUCCCGGCAGGUCAAAUCUCUGGCUGAGUCGAUAGAUGAUGCACUGAACUGUCGCAGCCUUCAGGGGGACGAGGGCCCUGACCCGGAGGCCAUGGGCUGCUCUGAGGUGGAGAGGGAAGUGCCCUAUCAGGUGAAGUCCCACCGCAGGGCAGCUGGACGCAUGCACGAUGAAACGAUGGCAUCAUAUAGUGAUGUUACUCUGUUCAUCGACGAGGAGGACAUGUCCCCCUCUAUCGCUCUGUCGAGGUCAGGGGACCAACCUUCCAGCACAGAAUCAGACUUGCGGUUGCGGUCAGUCAACUCCUCCCAGGAGUACUGGCCUAUUGACCCUAAAGAUGAGGGUCGUGACACAGACACAAGCUGCCGCAGCACUCCUUCUCUGGAGUGCCAAGAGCAGCGUCUUAGAAUGGACCAUCUUCCUUUGUUGACCAUUGAACCUCCCAGUGACAGCUCUGUAGAGCUCAGUGACCGGUCCGACCGAGGCUCUGUCAAACGGCCGCCCGUGUACGAACCCCACGGCCACAUCGUAACGUCAUCCCAGGCGAGCCCUAAACACAUUUCCCACGGACCCCCGCCACGAGCUCCCUCCCGUGACGAUGACGCACCCCUGCGCCACCGCCACCGCCAGCUGGAAAGCCAUCUCGCCAUUAACGGCUCAGCAAACAGACAGAGCAAGUCAGAAUCCGACUUCUCUGACGGGGACAACGACAGCAUCAACAGCACAUCCAACUCUAACGACACCAUCAACUGCAGCUCCGAGUCCUCAUCGAGGGACAGCCUACGAGAGCAGACGCUCAGCAAGCAGACCUACCACAAAGAGACUCGCAACAGCUGGGACUCGCCCAUCUUCAGUAAUGACGUUAUACGCAAGAGACACUACCGCAUCGGCCUGAAUCUCUUCAACAAGAAGCCAGAGAAGGGCAUCCAGUACCUGACUGAGAGGGGAUUCAUCCCUGACACACCGGUCGGUGUUGCUCACUUCCUGCUGCAGAGGAAGGGGCUGAGCAGGCAGAUGAUUGGAGAAUUCCUGGGCAAUCGACAGAAACAGUUCAACAGAGAUGUUUUAGACUGUGUGGUGGAUGAAAUGGACUUCCAGGGCAUGGAGCUGGACGAGGCCCUGAGGAAAUUUCAGAACCACAUCCGUGUCCAGGGCGAGGCCCAGAAGGUGGAGCGGCUCAUUGAAGCUUUCAGCCAGCGCUACUGCAUCUGUAAUCCCACAGUGGUGCGACAGUUUAGGAACCCUGACACCAUCUUCAUCCUUGCCUUUGCCAUCAUCCUCCUCAACACUGACAUGUACAGCCCCAACGUCAAGCCCGAGAGGAAGAUGAAGCUGGAGGACUUCAUCAAGAAUUUGAGAGGUGUGGACGACGGAGAGGACAUCCCCAGGGAGACUCUGGUCGGUAUCUAUGAGAGGAUCCGUAAGCGAGAGCUCAAGACCAAUGAAGACCACGUCUCGCAGGUGCAGAAGGUUGAGAAGCUCAUCGUGGGAAAGAAACCAAUCGGAUCACUCCAUCACGGCCUGGGAUGUGUGCUGUCACUGCCCCAUCGCCGGCUGGUGUGUUAUUGCCGCCUGUUUGAAGUGCCAGACCCCAACAAGCUUCAGAAGCUGGGCCUGCAUCAGCGGGAGAUCUUCCUGUUCAAUGACCUCCUAGUGGUAACCAAGAUUUUCCAGAAAAAGAAGAACUCAGUGACGUACAGCUUCAGACAGUCCUUCUCUCUGUACGGGAUGCAAGUCAUGCUGUUUGAAAAUCAGUAUUACCCAAAUGGAAUCAGACUUACAUCAGCGAUACCAGGUGCGGACAUCAAAGUCCUCAUCAACUUUAACGCGCCCAACCCCCAGGACCGCAAGAAGUUCACAGAUGACCUACGAGAGUCCAUUGCCGAGGUCCAGGAAAUGGAGAAAUACAGAAUAGAGUCUGAGCUGGAGAAGCAGAAGGGGGUGGUGAGGCCCAGCAUGUCGCAGAGCUCCGGUCUGAAGAAGGAAGCUGGCAACGGGAGCAUGAACCGCGCCAGUCUGGAUGACACCUAUGCCAUGGGAGAGGGCCUGAAGAGGAGCGCCCUCAGCAGCUCCCUGCGAGACCUCUCCGAAGCAGGCAAGCGGGGGCGUCGCAGCAGUGCAGGAUCACUAGACAGCAAUAUGGAAGGGUCCAUCAUUAGCAGUCCACACACACGCCGGAGAGCCACCACGCCGCGUGAGGGCGCACCCCGCAGCCAUCCCUCCAUCCCUAACUCAGCAUCGACUUCCAUCCUCGGGUCGCUCUUUGGCAGCAAGCGAGGCAAACCGCCAUCCCAGAGCCACCCCCCUUACCCUCCAGCCGGCCACCCCACCCUCAUAUCCCAUAAGCCUCACCCGACCAACCUACACCAUACAGCACAGGCGGCGCACGCAGUGCAAGCCCAACUCCAAGGUCACCACCCCCAGUACUGCCAAGUCCCACAGAACCCGCCGCCUUACCACCACCACCACCACUACCACCCCCCUCCCCACACGCAGUACCACCAGCACCCAGCCUACACCUCACAUGCACACCAACACGCCCAUUCACAGCACAGCCAUUACAGCCAGCAUUCCCAUCACACAUCACACUCCCAGCACGGUACCCACCACCACAGUCAGCAAGCGGGUUCGGCACCUGGCGGACCCAAACCCAAACACAGUGGCAUCAGCACCGUAGUGUGAUGCUCCUAACACAGAGAGAAGGAAGCGUGGAGGGGACUGAAUGAAGGAGGGACAAUUGCUUACACCAAAGGGACUGACAGCAUAACUCUAUGGCCUGUCCACUGUGUUUUACUGCUGCUGUGAUGGAAACCAAUCACACGCAGUCACCUUUUUCACCUCCAGGUCCAACAAAUAUGCAGGAUGGAAAUCGGACUCAAAUCUUCCACUAGGGGCCUUUUACUAGUUUGCCUGAUCAUGGGCUUGGCCCUGUCAGGGUUUUGGG